CACCACAGAACUCCAUGGUGGAAGUUUCAACUUAUGAAGCAGUGACUCCUCUAACACCACAGAACUCCAUGGUGGAAGUUUCAACUUAUGAAGGAGUGGCUCCUCUAACACCACAGAACUCCAUGGUGGAAGUCCUAACUUCUCAAGCAGUGACUCGUCUGACACCACAGAACUCCAUGGUGGAAGUCCUGACUUCUCAAGCAUCGACUCCUGAAACACCACAGAACUCCAUGGUGGAAGUCCUAACUUCUCAAGCAGUGACUCCUCCAACACCACAGAACUCCAUGGUGGAAGUCCUAACUUCUCAAGCAGUGACUCCUCCAACACCACAGAACUCCAUGGUGGAAGUCCUAACUUCUCAAGCAGUGACUCGUCCAACACCACAGAACUCCAUGGUGGAAGUCCUGACUUCUCAAGCAUCGACUCCUGAAACACCACAGAACUCCAUGGUGGAAGUCCUAACUUCUCAAGCAGUGACUCCUCUGAGACCACAGAACUCAGUGGUAGAAAUUGGUACUCAAGAAGUAAAUAGUGUCUCUUUGGAGGAAUCUACAAUAAAUGCUGGCUCUCUUCAGGAGUUGAGUUUUGAAUUAGAGCAGGACUCCAUGUUUGAUCUAAGCACGCCACAUCAAGAGCCCCUUAUGACACAAGUAAGCUCCAUGAUGGGAAUUAAAAAUGAUCAGGAGGAAGUAACUCUUCUAGCACAAAGCUAUUCUGUAUUAAAUGUUAAUUCCCAUGAGGUAACUACUCCUUUGACACCUCAGAUACCCAAAGUUGAAGUUAUUGUUUACCAAACAGUGACUACUUUAUCACCACAGAGCUCUAAUAUUCAAACCAGUAAUAUAGUGGAUCAGUCUCAUGUAGAUGUUACUAUUACUAAAGCAGUAACUCCUCUAACACCACAGAUCUCCAUGGUGGAAGAUUCAACUUCUGAAGCAGUAACUCUUAUACCACAGAACUCCAUGGUGGAAGUUACAACUUCUGAAGCAGUGACUUCUCUAACACCACAGAACUCCAUGGUGGAAGUUACAACUUCUCAAGCAGUGACUCCUCUAACACCACAGAACUCCAUGGUGGAAGUUACAACUUCUGAAGCAGUGACUUCUCUAACACCACAGAACUCCAUGGUGGAAGUUACAACUUCUCAAGCAGUGACUCCUUUAACACCACAGAACUUCAUGGUGGAAGUUUCAACUUAUGAAGCAGUGGCUCCUCUAACACCACGGAACUCCAUGGUGGAAGUCCUAACUUCUCAAGCAGUGAAUCCUCUAACACCACAGAACUCCAUGGUGGAAGGCCUAACAUCACAAGCAGUGACUCCUCUAACACCACAGAACUCCAUGGUGGAAGUUUCAACUUCUGAAGCAGGAACUCCUCUAACACCACAGAACUCCAUGGUGGAAGUUUCAAAUUCUGAAGCAAUUAUUCUUACACCACAGAACUCCAUGGUGGAAGUUUCAACUUCUGAAGCCGUAACUCCUCUAACACCACAGAACUACAUGGUGGAAGUUUCAAAUUCUGAAGCAGUUACUCUUACACCACAGAACUCCAUGGUGGAAGUUUCGCCUUAUGAAGUAGUGACUCCUCCUAACACCACAGAACUCCAUGGUGGAAGUUUCAACUUCUGAAGCCGUAA